AUAAUAUAAAUUAUAUAAUAAAAACUUCUUUUUAUAUUUGUACACUAAAUCUAAAUUCACUUCACAACAAUUUUCAACACCAACAAAUUCCAUUCAGAUUUGAAAUUAGUUGAUUGUGAUUUGAAAAAGUACAGAAAUGGAAAGGAAAGGAGGAAAUACGAUACCGAGUUCACCGUCACACACGCCGAGGUCUACGGACAAGGCAGUAAGAGAUCUAAGGCAUACAGAUGGAAAUCUGAAUGGUAAAUAUGAUAGUACUAAUAAUAAUAAUAAUAAUAAAGAAAAAGGUGUUAACAUUCAGGUGGUUGUUAGAUGCAGACCGAUGAAUGGAGACGAGGAGAAACUGCAUACACCGAUGGUUAUUACAUGUGCCGAAAACAAAAGGGAAGUUUGUGCUGUUCAGACUAUUGCUAAUAAGCAGAUUGACAGGUCUUUUGUGUUUGAUAAGGUAUUUGGUCCAAAAUCCCAACAAAGGGAUUUGUAUCACUCAGCUGUAUCUCCGAUAGUUUUUGAAGUUCUCGAGGGAUAUAACUGCACUAUAUUUGCUUACGGGCAGACAGGAACUGGAAAAACGUACACCAUGGAAGGAGGAGGGAGGAAAAAGAAUGGGGAAUUCCCGAGUGAUGCAGGUGUAAUUCCCAGGGCUGUUAGACAGAUAUUUGAUAUAUUAGAAGCUCAAAGUGCAGAGUAUAGUAUGAAAGUUACGUUUCUAGAGCUGUACAAUGAGGAAAUAACAGAUCUUUUGGCUCCUGAAGAAGCUUCAAAAUUUCCGGAAGAUAAAUCCAAGAAGCCGAUAGCACUUAUGGAGGAUGGAAAGGGAGGUGUACUUGUUAGAGGCUUGGAAGAGGAGUUAGUUUCCACUGCUGAUGAAAUAUACAGAAUAUUGGAGAAAGGCUCUGCUAAAAGGCGUACAGCAGAAACCCUUAUGAAUAAACAAAGUAGUCGUUCUCACUCGAUAUUCUCUAUCACAAUCCACAUUAAGGAGCGUACUCCAGAGGGCGAAGAGAUAAUUAGAUGUGGAAAGCUCAACCUAGUUGAUCUUGCUGGUUCUGAGAAUAUAUCGAGGUCUGGUGCAAAAGAGGGCAGAGCAAGGGAAGCUGGUGAGAUAAACAAAAGCUUGCUUACACUUGGCCGAGUCAUAAAUACAUUAGUCGAGCGUUCAGGACAUAUACCAUAUAGGGAUAAAUUAACAAGAUUGUUGAGAGAUUCACUGGGAGGGAAAACUAAGACAUGUAUUAUUGCUACAAUCUCCCCCUCUAUCCAUUCUUUGGAAGAGACACUCAGUACAUUAGAUUAUGCUCACCGUGCGAAAAAUAUCAAGAACAAGCCUGAGAUUAAUCAAAAGUUGAUGAAAUCUGCAAUGAUGAAGGACUUGUAUUCAGAAAUUGAAAGACUUAAACAAGAGGUCUAUGCUGCUAGAGAGAAAAACGGGAUCUACGUACCAAAAGAAAGAUAUCUUCAGGAAGAAGAGGAGAAGAAGGCAAUGGCUGAAAAAAUAGAGCGAAUGGAACUUGAUAACGAAUCCCGGGGAAAGCAAAUGAUGGAGCUUCAGGAACUAUAUAACUCUCAGCAGCUUAUAACCGCAAACUUAACUGAUAAGCUUGGGAAGACCGAGAUAAAGCUGCAAGAAACUGAGCAUUCAUUGUUCACUCUUGAAGAAAAGCAUAGACAAGCAAAUGUAACAAUUAAAGAAAAAGAAUAUCUUAUCUCCAACCUUCUCAAAUCUGAAAAAGCACUUCUUGAGCGGGCAUUUGACCUUCGUGGGGAACUUGAGAAUGCAGCAUCAGACGUAACUAGUCUAUUCACCAAGAUUGAGCGCAAGGACAAACUUGAAGAUGAAAACAGAAUUCUUGUCCAGCAAUUCCAAUCUCAAUUAACCAAACAGCUUGACACUUUGCAUAAGACUAUAGCAGCCUCUGUAACUCAACAAGAGCAACAACUGAAAGGCAUGGAGGAAGAUAUGCAAUCCUUUGUAUCUACCAAGACCCAGGCAACUGAAGAACUUCGUGCUGCCCUGGAGAAGUUAAAAACAAUGUAUGGUUCUGGUGUUAAAGCUUUGGAUGAUAUUGCGGAUGAACUUCAUGGGAAUUCACAAUCAACAUUCGGAGAUUUAAAUUCUCAAGUCUCGAUGAAUUCUUCAGCUCUUGGAGAGCUUUUCAAGGGUAUUGCAUCAGAAGCUGAGAAAUUGCUUGGUGAUCUUGAAAAUAUUCUCUACAGCCAGGAAAAGAAACUAACGGCAUUUGCACAACAACAACGAGAGGCGCAUUCUAGAGCAGUUGAAACAUCACGAUCAAUAUCUACCACUACAAUGAGCUUCUUUGAUAAACUAGACGUGCAUGCAACAAAAUACCAAAUUGUUGAAGAGGGUCAGACAGUCAAUGACCGAAAACUAUUGGAACUUGAAAGAAAGUUUGAGGAAUGCACUGCAAAUGAAGAAAAACAACUUCUAGAGAAAGUGGCGGAGUUACUUGCAGUUUCAAAUGCUAGGAAAAAAGAAUUGGUUAAAACCGCGGUGGAUGGUCUACGUGAGAGUGCAGCUAGUAAAGCCAACAGAUUUGAUCAAGAAAUGUCAACAAUGAAAGAUUCAAGCUCUUGCAUAAGGAAUGAGUGGACAAGCUAUGCUAAAAAGGCUGAAAACCACUAUCUUGAAGAUAUUGCAGCAGUUGAAUGUGGAAAGAAAGACAUGGACGGUGUCCUUCAGAAUUGUUUACAAAAGGCGAAAAUCGGGUCACAGCAAUGGAAUAACGCUCAGGAAUCCUUGCUCAGCUUAGAGAAAAGCAAUGUUGCAUCUGUGGAAGAAAUAGUCAGGGAGGGAUUGGAAGCCAAUCAAAGUUUGCGCACACGAUAUUCAGCUGCUGUGUCGUCUGCACUUGAUGAUACAAAUGUUGCAAGCAAUAACCUCCUUUCCUCAAUUGACCAUUCGUUACAACUGGACCAUGAUGCACGCGAAAACCUUGAUUCCAUAAUCGUUCCUUGUUGUGGAGAACUGAGAGAACUAAAGGGUGGACACUAUCAUAAGAUCAUAGAGAUUACUGAAAAUGCUGGAACUCUAUUAAAUGACUACACGGUUGAUGAGCCAUCAUGUUCAACACCGAAAAAGAGGCCAUUUAAUUUACCAACGAUUACAUCGAUUGAAGAACUACAAACUCCAUCUUUUGAGGAGCUACUAAAGCAUUUCUGGGAUUCAAAAUCUUCCUCAAAGCUACCAAAUGGAGAAAGAAGCACCUCUAGUUUCUGA